CUCCUUCUUUCUGACAGCUCACUGAGAAUACGGAAGUGUUUUCGCUGUUCUGCAUUGCAACCUUUUUUCUUCUCUCUGCAGACGAUCCAGUUUAAAGACGCACUCUGAAACGCUGGAGGCAUUUUUAUUCCUACCCGAUUCGUGUUUGGGUUGCCAUUCACAAUGUUCCGCUUCCGGGCACUGUCCGCCUUGUGGGUUGGCGUGUCACACUUGUCCCGGCGCUACCACAAUGGGGCAGUGAGAGGCUCUGGUCGAAGGAGGGUGAUGUUGGCGGCUCUGGCUGGUGUAACUGUUUCCUCUGCAAGUGCUGGACUGCUCUGGAAAAGAGCGUAUGCUGAUGCAGGACCGUCGGUCCGACAAUCCCCGCCACACGAUGGAGAAGAGGACUUUCUGAAGGCUUCAGACUCCGAGUCUGAGAAUUCAGUGGAGGCCAGCGGUAGUGAUGACCAGGCCAAGAAUGAAAGUGGAGAAGGGAAAAAAAAGAAGCAGCGCUCGGGAUUCCGUGACCGCAAGGUGAUGGAGUACGAGAAUAGAAUACGGGCCUACUCGACCCCAGACAAGAUUUUCCGCUACUUUGCCACCUUGAAAAUUAUCGGCGAGCACGGAGAUGCUGAAGUCUACAUGACGCCCCAGGACUUCAUACGCUCCAUCACACCAAAUGAGAAGCAGCCAGAGAAUCUCGGGCUUGAUCAGUUUGCUGUCAAACGCUAUGAUGGAAAGAAGAUAGCCCAAGAGAGGGAAAAGUUUGCAGAUGAAGACAGCAUAUUUUACACUUUGGGAGAAUGUGGCCUCAUCUCCUUCUCUGACUACAUCUUCCUCACCACUGUGCUGUCCACCCCCCAGAGGAACUUUGAAAUCGCUUUUAAGAUGUUUGAUCUCAACGGUGAUGGAGAAGUAGACCUGGAGGAGUUUGAACAGGUCCAGAGCAUUAUUCGUUCUCAAACCAGCAUGGGUAUGAGACACCGCGAUCGCUCCACCACAGGCAACACUCUAAAGACAGCUGGCUGCAGUUCGGCACUCACCACCUAUUUCUUUGGAGAAGACUUGAAGGGAAAACUCACCAUUGGAAGCUUCCUGGAGUUUCAGAGGAAGCUGCAGCAUGAUGUGCUUAAACUGGAGUUUGAGCGGAACGAUCCAGUGGAUGGUCGAAUUUCCGAGAGACAGUUUGGUGGGAUGCUGCUGUCUUACAGCGGCGUUCAGUCUCGUAAACUCAAGCAGAUGCAGAAGGGAUUGAAGAAGAUGUUUAAGGAUGCACAGGGGAUCACAUUUGAGGAGGUGGAGAAUUUCUUCACCUUCCUGAAAAAUGUCAAUGAUGUGGACACGGCACUGAGUUUCUACCACAUGGCUGGGGCGUCCAUAGAUAAAGUAACCAUGAAACAGGUGGCCCGCACCGUCGCCAAAGUGGAGUUGUCAGAUCACGUGUGCGACGUGGUCUUCGCCUUGUUCGACUGUGAUGGAAAUGGCGAGCUCAGUAAUAAGGAGUUCAUCGCCAUUAUGAAGCAGCGACUUAUGCGUGGGCUGGAGAAACCCAAAGACAUGGGCUUCACUCGAUUGGUGCGCGCCAUGUGGAAGUGUGCUCAGGACACCGCCUGGGACUUUGCCAUGCCAAAGACAUAAUGGAGACCAAAGGCGGUAUACGAGCGGGAGUAAUUAGAGACAUUUUGUUGAACAGUUUCAAGGACUGUAUCCAUGAGGGGCGUCAUGAAGCAUGGAGAACGGGCCAUCAAUGCAGCACACAUAUUAUCAUGGGGAAUAUAUAAAUAUGUAUUUAUUGUUGACAGCAUGUGACCUUUUGUUAAGACUAUUGAGGCUUAUUUGACCGAUGUGGAAAAUGAAUAGUCUGUUAGCAUCACCUUCGUUACGCCCAAGCUUGUUUUAGCUGUAUCUUUUUUUUGUAAUGACACACUCAAAGGUAUAUUUGUGUGUAGUUUCAAAUUACGUAUAUAUUGCUCACUGAAACACUUUAUAUGUUGAGGUUAUGCAAAUUAAAGGUUUGUAUUGAUAA